GUCAUCACCUCAGUGAGUUCAAGUGUCUCGUACUGAGACUUACCGAACACCGGCUUCAAUGCUCGUCAGUCUCUUCACAACAGUUCAGUCUUUACUAAAUUAUUUCAACCCCCAAUUAAAGAUUUACAUUAAUCCAUCUCCUGCGAGAAAUUCCCCUUUCAAUUUAAAUCAUUAAAGUGAUCACGCGAUAAAUUAUUUAUACGUAAUUAUUGGGAUCAAUCGAAAUCGAUCGGCGAGUGAUAAUUCGUUUUAUUAUUCGAGGGUGUUAAUUUAUUAACGGAACUAUUCGAUAAUUUGAGAUUUUGGUAAUAAUUCGGUAAAAUGGAUUUGGCCAGGGACUUGAUUCUUAUGAUGAAAUCGAAAUGCAAAUCUCACGUGGGGUACGGUCUCCAGGCGGAAUGUGAGAGUCUAGUGGGUCAUAUCCUGGAGAAUAUGGCAAAAUCACAGAUGCCGGCGCUACGGAUUGAUAAGAAGAAUGACGAAACGUCGAUGAAAUAUCGAGAGGAAGGAAACGAGUAUUUCGUCGCUGGAGACGAUGUAAAAGCCAUCGAAACGUACACGAAGAGUUUGGCAUACGCAAAAUCGAAUGAGCAGAUGGCGUAUGCCCACGCGAAUCGCUCUGCAGCGCUUUAUCGUAAGAAAAUGUAUAAAGAGUGUAUAAUGGACGUGAAAGAGGCCCUAGACCUCGAGUACCCCGAGGAAAAGCGGAAGAGGCUGGAGGAGCGCGGGCUCAAGGCCAUGGCAGAGCUCGCGAAAUUAUUGAAUGAAAAAUCCACAGACCUUGAUGAUGAUCUGGAAGACUGCCCGUUCACUCAAGUUGACUCCACCCAGAAGAAGAGGUUUCCUCUGAUUUCAGUUGAAGAGGCGGAAGCUCCUAAGAAAUCCCUCGACAUACAUGUGCCCAAGGAGAUUUCGGUUUCUGGAGAGGCCUCAGGGACUUUUGUCAAGCCCAGGUACCUUCUGCAUCCUGAAUACAUGUCUUUUCCUCAUGGACCCAGCAAAGAGGCUCCAGCUAAUAGUGAUGGAGUGGAAAUUUCAUUCUCUAAGAAGUAUGGGAGACAUCUCAUGGCCACAAAGGAGUUCAAGCCUGGGGACAUCCUCACGAUGGAGAGACCAUUCUCCUGGGUCAUCUACAGGGACAAGUUCUACACACACUGUCACCACUGCCUGGAGCGCUGCUACGUCCUCUUGCCCUGUCCUGAGUGCCCAAUCUCUCAAUACUGUUCAGAAAAAUGCAGAACAGAGGAUUGGGACUGGGCCCACAAGAUGGAGUGCCCAGUGCUGUCAGGACUGGUGAAUCUCCUGAACGUCGACGAGGACAAGGUGCGAAUGGUGAUGAAGAUAAUCAGAAUGCUGAUGCCUGCAACAUUGAAUGGAAAGAGAAUUGACGAGUUGAGGAGUGACAUGAAGAAUGCUGAAAUGAAUCCAGAUGACAGAACUGCUGGCUUCACUGAUUUGGGAGUUCUGGAGAGCACCAGUCCCAGAUCAGCUCUGAGUUUAGCAACAAAUAUGAUUACAAGACCUAUUAUUGGAAUUAGUGCAUUCGCAUGUGUUUCUGCACUUGGUGCGAUGCUUUUGGCAACUCAGACUGGUUUUUUUGGGAGGAAGUACAAGUGGAAUGAACUCAGAGACAUCACUAAAUAUCCGGACAUCAAGUUUUGUGGGAGUUUGAUGCUCAGGGCCUGUGUCAUCACCUCCUCUAACUGUUUUUCAAUUCAGCCUGAACCAGGAGUGAAGUCCGGCUCAGGGCUGUACGUGACCCACAGCCUGUACAAUCACUCGUGUGCUCCAAAUACCUUCAGACAUUUUGAAGGACUCACCAUGAUAACUCGUGCAAUGGAGCCCAUCCAUCCUGGGGAUCAGAUAUUCACAGGAUACGGUGCUGACUACUCCUACAUGCCACUGGCAAAGAGAAAAGAGAAACUUCUCGAUGAGUACUUCUUCGACUGCGAAUGCCCAGCAUGCAUCAACGAUUGGCCCACGUACGAUGAGAUCCUGAAAAAUCAUGUGGGUUCCAUCACCAAGGACAAAAAACUCGUUCAACGCCUGAAACCAUACAAACAGAGAUUACUGGCAAAUAAAUACGACAUUGAGGCUGUCAGGGAGGUGCUUUGCAUCCUCCAUGCUGACGUUAAGAUGCCAUGCGAAGAGAUUUUACAUGGAGUUCAGUACCUCAGGAGUUUCUACUUGGGUAAAUUACACAGAAGUCGUUAAUCAUCGCUUAUUCGCUACUCUUCGAUAUCUUCUCAAUUUACAAGGCCUUCACAUUUUUUUUCGCUUUUUUGCUUUUCUCACGGAUUUUGACGAUUCAGAUUCAACACUUUCUUGUGGUUUUUAGAUCCCUAGAGGCUUCAGGAGUCUUCGAUGACGUGGGAGAGAUUGGAAGUUUUUUUUUUCUUCGAUUUAUUGAUACUCAAAUAUUACAUACAUCGUGAUUGAAUUGAAUACAUUGUACACGUUAAAGGAAAUUGUUUAGGAAAUAAUAUUCUAGAUGGGACCUGUGGGCACCAAUUAAUUGAGAAUAAAACGUAAUUUCACGUUUUUA